CGCUGUAUAAGAACUACGUUUCCCAGAAGGCAGCCUGCGGUAUUUCCGGAUGUGGUGGCCAUACGGGUUUUGUUAGGGACUGAUGCAGGGGCUAAACUUCCUCUCUUUACAGGUUCAGCCGGUGCAGCAACAUGCCUCCCAAGGAUGACAAGAAAAAGAAGGAUCCAGGCAAAGCCAAAAAGGACAAGGACCCAGUCAACAAGUCUGGUGGCAAAGCAAAGAAAAAGAAGUGGUCCAAAGGGAAGGUGAGGGACAAGCUGAACAACCUGGUGCUCUUCGACAAGGCCACCUACGACAAGCUGUACAAGGAGGUGCCCAACUACAAGCUGAUCACGCCAGCCGUGGUCUCGGAGAGGCUGAAAAUUCGCGGCUCCCUGGCCAGGACUGCACUCCAGGAGCUGCUAGGCAAAGGACUCAUCAAGCUGGUGUCAAAACACAGAGCACAGAUCAUCUAUACACGGAACACCAAGGGGGGUGAUGAGGCUCCACCUGAGAAGGAGGCCUAGGAGGUGGAUGGCGGAAUGCUCUGGAACAAGCCUCGGAAUUUCCCGGAGUAUCUGACAUUGGUAAAGCUAGUCUUCUCCCAUUCGCUGGUCAUUAAGAAAACUCAUCUUUGUAUUUAGCCAGUCCGUCAGUAGUAUUUGGCGAAGAGUGAGUUGUUUCUUUUGGCAUCUCUGAUCCCUGAAUUUCUGGCACAUUCUUUCUGUAGACGUAAGUGUUCCUGUGUGUCGGUUUGCUUCUGUUGGACUUCCCUGCAGAUGAACUACCUUGAGAUGCUUUGAAAAGGAAACCUGCUCGUGUUUUCAGGUUCUCAUUCAGCAGAAGACCUGGCUUUGUACAAUGUUAAGUAAAAGCUAUAAAUACAA